CGCCGGCUUCUGGGCCUUGUAGUCCGGGGGCCAGUGGCCGCCUGUCCCCCGGCCCGGCCCGGGACUACCGUCCCCACAUGGCCUUGCGCCCCGGCGCAUGAGCUCUGGGGCUCCUUAGCGCAUCUAUUAUACUGCCUUGCCGAGGAUAAAAAGAAGAGCAACUGGAGGGACUAUAAGGCAAACGUUGCUGGAGCUGCCGGGGCAAAGUUGUAUGGUUGCACCCUGGAAAUGGGAUGUCAGUCCCGUUCAGGGAGCAUAAAGGAAGAAAGAAAAUCUCCCAGUUGCUGCUGCUGUGACAGCGAGUGAGAGCAGGAAAAUGUCGACAGUCACAUCAGCAAUCCAGGCUCCUCAGGGGCCUGUGAAUCCGCCACCUCCCGAGGUCACUAAUCCUAACAAGCCUGGCAGGAAGACCAACCAAUUGCAAUAUAUGCAAAAUGUUGUGGUAAAGACCUUGUGGAAGCAUCAGUUUGCUUGGCCUUUCUACCAACCUGUUGAUGCAAUUAAAUUGAACUUGCCGGAUUAUCACAAAAUAAUAAAAAACCCCAUGGACAUGGGGACCAUCAAGAAGCGCCUGGAACAUAACUAUUACUGGAGUGCCAGUGAAUGUAUGCAGGAUUUCAACACCAUGUUUACAAAUUGUUACAUUUAUAACAAGCCCACAGAUGACAUCGUCCUCAUGGCCCAAGCCCUGGAGAAGAUAUUUCUGCAGAAGGUUGCCCAGAUGCCUCAAGAGGAAGUUGAAUUAUUACCCCCAGUUCCUAAAGGCAAAGGUCGCAAGCCAUCAGCGGGCACACAGAGUGCAGGAGCCCAGCAAGCAGUGGCCGUGUCUUCCGUCUCCCCGCCGGCCCCCUUCCAGAGCGUCCCUCCAGCCGUGUCUCAGACGCCCGUCAUUGCUGCCACCCCCGUGCCAACCAUCACUGCUAAUGUCCCGCCUGUCACUGCCCCUCCCGCCGCUGCGCCCCCUCCGCCUGCCGCUCCGAUAAUGCCUGUGGUGCCUCCUACGCCGCCGGUAGUCAAGAAAAAGGGAGUGAAGAGGAAAGCAGACACCACAACCCCCACCACCUCGGCCAUCACUGCCAGCCGCAGCGAGUCGCCCACGCCCCUCUCGGACCCCAAACAGGCCAAAAUCAUCGCCCGGCGGGAGAGCGGCGGGGGGGGCAUCAAACCACCAAAGAAGGACCUUGAGGAUGGAGAGGUCCCUCAGCAUGCAGGGAAGAAGGGCAAACUGUCUGAGCACCUCAAGUACUGUGACAGCAUUCUCAAGGAGAUGCUCUCAAAGAAGCAUGCAGCCUAUGCAUGGCCCUUUUACAAGCCUGUUGAUGCAGAGGCCUUGGAAUUACAUGACUAUCAUGAUAUUAUCAAACACCCCAUGGAUCUCAGUACUGUUAAAAAAAAAAUGGACAGUCGGGAAUACCAGGACGCCCAAGGUUUUGCAGCAGAUAUUCGGUUAAUGUUCUCUAAUUGUUACAAGUACAAUCCUCCAGACCACGAAGUGGUAGCGAUGGCCAGGAAGCUCCAGGAUGUCUUCGAGAUGAGGUUUGCCAAGAUGCCCGAUGAGCCAGCAGAGGUCCCACCUCCACCUCCACCAACAGCACCAGUGGUGAGCAAAAGCACAGAGAGCAGUCACAGCAGUGAGGAGAGCUCGUCUGACUCAGAUAGCUCCGACUCAGAAGAAGAGCGAGCGACUCGGCUGGCGGAGCUCCAGGAGCAGCUGAAGGCUGUCCAUGAGCAGCUAGCAGCAUUGUCACAAGCACCAGUGAACAAACCAAAGAAAAAAAAAGAGAAGAAGGAAAAAGAGAAGAAAAAGAAAGAUAAAGAGAGAGAAAAAGAAAAGCACAAAGUAAAAGUUGAGGAGGAGAAGAAACCCAAGGUGGCUCAACCACCAAAACAAACCCAGCAGAAGAAAGCCCCAGCUAAGAAAGCAAACAGCACAACCACAGCUAACAGGCAGCCCAAGAAAGGAGGCAAACAGGCAUCUGCAACCUACGAUUCAGACGAGGAGGAGGAAGGUCUUCCCAUGACCUAUGAUGAGAAACGACAGCUCAGCUUGGACAUCAACCGCCUGCCCGGAGAGAAGCUGGGCAGGGUAGUGCACAUCAUCCAGUCCAGGGAACCUUCCCUCAGAGACUCCAAUCCUGAUGAGAUAGAAAUAGAUUUUGAAACAUUGAAGCCCACAACUUUACGAGAACUGGAGAGAUACGUGAAAUCUUGUUUACAGAAAAAACAAAGGAAACCAUUUUCUGCAAGUGGAAAAAAGCAAGCAGCAAAGUCAAAAGAAGAGUUAGCUCAGGAAAAGAAGAAAGAACUAGAAAAGCGAUUACAGGAUGUCAGUGGGCAGCUAAACAACAACAAGAAACCUGCAAAGAAAGAGAAAUCUGGCUCGGCUGCCUCCGGAGGCCCUUCCCGGCUCAGCAGCAGCAGCUCCUCGGAGUCCGGGAGCAGCAGCUCCAGUGGCUCCAGCUCAGACAGCAGCGACUCAGAAUGA